AGGGUGAGAUGAUGGUGUUAAAAAGAAGAGCUUUAAUUACAGAGUGAAGAGAAAGACUGUCAGAAACAGAAAAUGGCUGAUAAGCGUCACAUGUGUCUGCUGGGACGGAUCAUUCUCUGUGCACUUCUCACAGGUAUCAGUGGAGCAGAAGUGACUCGUGUGUUCAGUUCUGGUGAAGAUGUCCGUCUGUCCUGUAAUAAUGCUCUUUCUGGCUGCACAUCAACUACAUGGAUCUAUAGCAGACCGUCAGAGACAGUUGAACUGAUUGCUUUAGGAAUAAAGAAGAAUAACACAGAGAGACACGAGAGACUGAGUCUGGGCUCUGACUGCUCUCUGAACAUCAAGAAAGUCACAAAAGAAGAUCGUGGACAUUACACCUGCAGACGAUAUGUGAAUGGACAACAACAAGGAGCUGAUGCACGUGUUUAUCUGCAUGUUCUUCAUGUGUGUUCAUCAUCCUCACAGUCUGAGAUCAGAUCAGGCCGCUCUCUGACUCUCUCCUGUCAGUUAUAUAAUGAUGAUCCAGUCUCUUGUGAUAUUUUAGUCCGUUCUGAGGGUCUUGAUCUGAUCUGGGUGAAUCAGGCUGGUGUGAAUCUGCAGACAGACUCCAGAUUUCAGAUCUCAUUCUCCUCAGAACAGUGUAACAUCUCUCUGACUACAACACUCCUGAAUGAAGAUCACAACAGAGAGUGGAGAUGUCAGCUUAAACACAGAGAUCAACUGAAGACCUCAGCCACAUAUACUGUCAAGUAUCCAAUCUCUCCAUCAGUGAUCGUGAUUGUUGUUGCUGUUGUGUUGGCUGUUCUGGUUACUGCUGUUAUUCUUUGGGUGGUUCGCAAAAAAAGAGCUGAUAACAGAAAAGGGACUAUUGACUCUGUGAAGCAGAAAGAUGAUGCGACUUAUACUGAGAUUGACACAAACCAUAAAAGCAGAGCUAAAAAGAACAAGGUUCAUGAUGAUGAUAAAGUGAUUUAUUCUUUUAUCACACAAGCAACAGUUGGACCCCAGGAUGACUGCAUUUAACUUGCAUUUGUGACCAAAACCAUCAGAAAUAAGUUAAACAGUCAUUAAUUAUAUAAAGACCUCCUAAUAUCAAUCACAGAGAAAUAUUAACCUUAUAUUAUUGACAUUCAUUCAGUCCAAUUUUAAAUGCUGUCUCACAUUUUAACAAACAGUCCCAAGUGGUGAUCUGAUUGUAAUGUUUUGGUCAGUUUGGGAUGUUUAUUUCAAAGUAGCUGUCUGCUUGCUGAAUUAAUGCUAGUGCCUUUAAUAAUUCUGAAUUGUGCAUUAACCUCUAUGCUUGUACAAAUAAAAUAAAAGACAU